AAAGUCACUACAUUCUUUAUUCCUCAUGUAUGAAAGUUGCUUGCAUGCGCAUUGAAAUCUGCGGCGGCAUAACGGCAGAAGUACAGGGACUGUUCGUGAUACAGAUUUAUCAACAACGACAUUAGCCGUACACGAAGCCGCAUUGGUUAACGACUUCUCCAGCUAAGCGCGGUAUCCAACUUUGUCUGAUUAACGAAUUCAGCUUCGAAUAUGAGCGCCGUCAAUUUAGGGGCUCCACUGGAGACCUGCACACUUGAGGAUGGACGUACUCUAGCCUUUGGCAGAUACGGCGCUCUGACGAAUAAUGCGGGCGUACCGUUCUUUUACUUCAAUGGAACUCCGAGUAGUCGUCGCGAAGCUAUUAUGCUGAGCGAGACUGCUUGCAAGCUUGGUAUAACUUUGAUCGGUGUGGACCGUCCCGGCCUAGGCCAUUCAAGCUUCCAAGAGCAUCGUAGGCUUCUUGACUGGCCCAGAGACAUCCAUGCUCUAGCCGACCAUCUCGAUAUUCACAAGUUCGCAGUCCUGGGCGUAUCCGGUGGUGGACCACACGUGCUGGCAUGCUUGCAUGAGAUCAGCUCCGAUCGCCUCGUAGCGGCCACGACUGUUUCGGGUAUGUGGCCUAUGAAGUUUGGUGCUGCUGGCAUGAUGCUACCGACGUGGUUAACAUUCAAGAUGGCUGCUUGGUCUCCCUGGGUGGCUGAGCUCGCUUUGGAAACCUUCUUAGGCAAAGCGGCUCGAUCAUCAGACCGUGAAGCAUUGAAGGAGAAAAUGCGCGCAAAUCUCGGAUCGCUUCCGACGCCCCCAAUCGACAAGGAAUGCGUGGAAGAAUUCCUGGAGAAUGACGUUCUAACCGAAACCAUGAUAGGUGGGAUACAGGACGCCUUUCGACUUUCCAGCCGGGGUGCCGUACGGGACUUUCACAUUAUGGGGACGGAGUGGGAGUUUGAUGUGGCAAACGUAGACGCUCGUCGUGUUACAGUCUGGCACGGUGACCUCGAUGCGAAUAUUCCCAUGAGUAUGGUCAAUCGAGCGACGAAACUCAUGCCUGGAACCAAGGUCAAUAUUUUUGAGGGCCACGGGCAUCUUUCGCUUGUUUUACGACAUCAAGAAGACAUACUCAAAGAACUUCUGGCACGAACUCAAGCGGAAGACGUCGACGAUUGAUGGAUACGUAUGAUUUACGCAUCCGGCCCUGAUUUUUUAUGUACAUGAUGUAUAUUAGCCCAUCUCAACUCUCACAUUGAUCCAUGCAGCAGGAAUACUAUGGUACGAUCGAAGCAUUUCCUCUCUACCUCUCCGCAUCGCUUAGGUUUGGACCUUCUAGCUAUCUUCGUGUCUAUACCUCCUGAGAUAUCACUAUAACAUCCUGCUUCUGUCCUG